UUUUCAUUGAAUUAUGAGUAUAAAUUGAUACAAGUAGAAGUUGUGAUAUAAAGAAGCGGGUGGUGCGCGCUUUGAAUUGAGUGAGUGAAGAAGAGAGUAAAAAUUGGAAGGAAAUGGAAGAGCCACUGUUGGAAGGAGGCGAAGCUCAUCAUCAUCAGGCUCUCAGGUCAAACUUCUUCUCUAAACUGCCUGAGAAGCUCCGAGGAGGCCUUCACCCUCAAACCCCCUUUCAUCUCGAUCUCUCCGGCUUAUUCCAAGGGGAGAAAGAAUACUACGAAAAACAAAUUGCGACUUUGAAGUCCUUUGAAGAAGUUGAUUCCCUGCACUGCUCUCAUUAUAACGAAGAAGAGGCGGAGAGAUCAGAAGAGGGUCAGCAUGAAAGGGCCAUGAACAUCUCCAAUUCCGCAAACAUCUUUUUGCUUGCUUUGAAGGUUUAUGCCACCGUGCAGAGCGGAUCCCUAGCAAUCGCAGCGUCCACACUGGAUUCUUUGCUCGAUUUGAUGGCAGGUGGCAUCCUGUGGUUCACACACGUGUCAAUGAAGAAUAUUAACAUUUACAAGUACCCUAUUGGAAAGUUGAGAGUCCAACCGGUGGGCAUUAUCAUCUUUGCCGCAGUCAUGGCUACUCUAGGAUUUCAAGUGUUGGUGGAAGCAGUGCAACAACUGAUUAAAAACGAGGCACCAGAUAAAAUGAGUUCACACCAAUUGUUUUGGCUGUAUACUAUCAUGCUGGCAGCUACUGUCAUAAAACUUGUGCUGUGGCUUUAUUGCAGAAGCUCUACAAACAAGAUUGUGCGAGCAUAUGCUAAGGUCCAGAUGACGACGCUUUCUUCACAACUAGCUUCGACCACCGGAAGGAGGCGGCGAUUGUGUAGGAUGGAAAUAAUGUCAUUAAGAUGUCAAUAUUGUUGUUAAAGAUGGCAAUAUUGUCGUUAAGAUGGCAAUAUUGUUGUGAGAUUACUUAGUCAUAUCAGAUCAAAGGUUAGGGCACAGAUCUGCAGUGCUCCACUCAGGGAGGUUGCGGCGGCCGGUGGUAACGCUGGAUAAGGUCUUGGAUGAAGUCUCAGGUGACGCCUUUGGUGGUGGUCCUGACACAGGUGGUGGCGGCGCUAACGCAGGUGACGCCGGCGACAGUGGUGGUGUCGGAAAAUGUGGAGGCCAAUGGUGAAAUAGCCUUCGCCGGUGGCGACAAGAGCGGCGGCGGCGGCGAAUCAGGCAACCGGUGGUGAUUGUAUAGAGGAGGCGGUGGACAUCGUGCCCAAGGGUUUUGUCGAUGUCUUCCUGUUGUACUACUUCAUUUUAUUACUUUGCUUUAAAUAAUUAAUACUCCGUAAUUAAUAAAGAUACCUAUUUGAGAUUUCAUUAAGGGUACUUUAGUCAGGUUAUCUUUAUUUAGUCCUACCGAAUCUCACGAAUAGUUGAACUCCUAUUUGUGCAUAAUUGUUAUAUUUUACUCCUAUAUGGGUAAUUAACUCUUAAUUGAUUGAUUGACCAAAACCUCAACCCAGAACAAAUCAGGAUGCUUUAAUUUUACACUCCCAAACUGUUUUCCCGUUUUGAACUACUACCUUCAUCCCAAAUUGAUUUGCAAAUUUGACUUUUCUACGUCAAACAGUUCUAUUUUGUUCACUUAGUUAGGAUAUCAAUUUUUAAUUAUAUUCUAAUUUUUAAAAAUUGAAUUAAUUAUCCAUAGGGAGGAUUGACUUAUAUUAUUGAUUGACCAAAAAAAGUUGACUUUACAAAACAAAUAGGGACGGAGGGAGUAGAACAGUACCCGGUUCUCUCUCUCUCUCUCUCUCUCUCUCUCUCUAUAUAUAUAUAUAUAUAUAUAUAUAUAUAUAUAUAGGAACACUUCCGGUAAGGUAUACCUUACCGGAGCCGCCGUGCGGCCUCCACGUUUUGAGGGCCUUCCCGGUGGGAUUUUCGAUGAAUUUUUUUGAGUAUGUUCAUCAUCAAGUCUAGUACAUCCAUACCAAAUUUCAAUAAAAAAUUCAAUAGGGAAGACAGUCAAAUGAUUUUUGGAAGAUAAUUGCGUUUUAUAUGUAUAUAAAGGGUGCAGUUAUCUUCCAAAAAUCAUUUGACUGUCUUCCCGAUUGAAUGUUUUAUGAUUUGAUUAUUAAUUAAGACAUUUCAAAAGCUGAAAGGGUAUAUUUGUCAAAACACACAUAACUAGUCCUACUGGAGGGUAUUUAAAAGAUGUAGUCCUAUUUGUGCUCUUUAAUCACUUUUUUGUUCUAUUUAGGUAAUUCACUCUAAGUUUAAAAGGAUUUUACAAAAAUCAAACAAUCCUAAUUUUUGGGAAUUUCCGUAAUAGGACCAUUACUUUGACGUGGUAACAAAUGUUGUUGGGUUGGUAGCUGCCAUACUUGGUGAUAGAUUCUAUUGGUGGAUUGAUCCCGCCGGAGCAAUAGCCCUUGCUGUCUAUACAAUUACCAAUUGGUCAGCCACAGUCCUGGAAAAUGCAGUUUCACUAGUUGGACAGUCAGCUUCACCAGAGGUUCUGCAGAAGCUAACAUAUAUGGUCUUGAGGCACGACCCCAGAAUAAAACGAGUUGACACCGUUCGAGCGUACACAUUUGGUGCUCUCUACUUCGUUGAGGUGGACAUAGAGCUUCCUGAAGAGUUGCCGCUCAUUGAAGCGCACGCGAUAGGAGAGUCGUUGCAAAUAAAAAUUGAAGAGUUACCAGAAGUGGAGCGCGCAUUUGUUCAUCUGGAUUAUGAGUGUGACCACAAGCCAGAACACUCAGUUCUGAGUAAAAUCCCCGACAAUAAUCCUUAGGAUCGUGUGUGUAUCAUGCUAUGUAUGCAUAUGAAUGAUAGUCCAAGAGAACGCCCACAAGACUGACACAACACCUAUCAUUUAUUGGAAGUUGAAAAAAAUAGGAGUACUUUUAAGGGAAAACUGUUAAUUUGGUCCUCGUAUUUUCAUGAAAAAAUCAAUUAGGUACUCAUACUUUAAAAAAAAAAUCUAUCAAAUCCCUGAACUAUGUAAAAACGUUCAAUUGAGUCCAAUUGUAGGUUACUUGCCAUAUCAGCAGGUCAUUCGAUGACGUGGCACACAUGUGGCAGCCAAUCGGCAAUAUUUUGCUGAUGUGGCACACAUGUGGAAGUCCAGUCAGUCAAUUGCUGAUGAUGUGCCACACAUGUGGACCUCCAUGUGUACGCCACGUCAGCGGGUGACCUGCUGACAUGGCAAAUAAUCUGCAAAUGUACUCAAUUGAACAUUUUUAUAAAGUUUAGGGAUUUGAUUGAUUUUUUUAAAAGUAAGAAGAUUUAAUUGACUUUUUCAUGAAAGUACGACGACCAAAUCGAGGGGUUUCCCUACUUGUAAAGAUGAUCAUUUUAUAUUAAUUCUUAGUAUCGAGAUGGUUAUCCAUAUUGAACUUGGGAAUUGUUCAAUUGAUUUAUUAUAUUUUCAUAUAAGAUCGUUUCGAAUGAGAUCAAACUUAGACAAAUCAUAUCAAAAUAUACCUAAUGAGACUAGUAUACAUGAAAUCGCAUUUC